GAAAUUAACAAAAAAAGAAAAGAAAAGAAGUUAAAUACACUGAUCCUUCCGCCAGUGUUGUCUUAAACUUUGAAAGUAUAAAUAGUAAGCAGAGAAUCUGAUUGUUGUCUACUGGCUGGAAUCUUUCACUGCUGUAACAAGUAAGCAAAGCAAACCCAAGGGUUUGAAACAAAAACAGCAGCUGCCGAUUGUUGUUCCUCUCUACACCACCAAAGCUUGUUUUGCUGCCGAGCAAAGGAAAAGAAUGGCUUCGGAGGUGGCUUCUACAGAGGACGUGUUGAAUGCAUUGCUGGAAUACUUAGUUGAUCCUCGGUUGCCUUUUAAAUCAUCUGUCCUUAAGGAAGCUCCCACUCUUUCUCAGCAGCAGUCUGUAGCCACACAGUUGCAUGCUGUUGUGAUACUUUACAACUACUACCAGAGGAAGCAAAAUCCACAGGCGCAAUAUUUAGAUUUGGAGUCAUUCUGCAAGUUGGCCAUAACCCUGAGGCCGGCGUUGAUGUCAUACAUGAAGUUCACGGAUCAGUCUGAUCCAACUGCCUCCAAGGACAUGAACAAUGAUCUCUCGGUGGCUGAAAAAGCAAUCCAAGAUGCUUGCAACAUAUCUUGUGCUUUGGAUGCCUUGAGAGAUGUUCCAUCAAUAAAAAAAUGGUUAAUUUCCAAAGUUUCUGUCUUAUUGCUAGACUCUAAGAAAGAAGCAUGUUCGCUGCUUUAUAGUUCUGUCACUGAAGGGGUUUGGUCUCUCCUCGAAAAAAGUCUUGAGCUUCCCACUGCUGAAAUAGAAGGUACGGUGGAGAGAAAAAAGAGGCGAACCAGUAUAAGACCAGUGACUGUAGAGCGAAAUGAUGAUGACUCUGGCUUUCAGCAGCUUGCAUUUUCGGCUGUCCAGGAUGCAACAGGUAUUCCUAAGUCUGACCUUGUGACUUUGGAGAAGCAUGUGGUGUAUUCACUAACAAAAGAAAAGACAGCGUCUUGCUUUUACAUCAUGCAAUGUACCAAAUCAAUCAAUGAAGACCUUCAAAUUCCUGUCAAGGAGUUUCUUGAGAGUUUACAGGGUCCAUUGGUGAAAAAGAGUUGUGGUAGUUGGUCUGCUACAGAAGGAGUUGAGUACUUUCAUCUGCUUCCCUAUGCCAGUAUUUUGUCAAACUUUUUCCUGAGGGACGUUUCUAGUUUGGGUGGCUCAAAUACAAGAAGCCAUAAGGAUAUAAGAGACAGCUGUGAAAAAGAAAUUUCUGAGAGCAGAAUCUCAUCGUCUGAUCAAAACUUGGGCAAUGUAAGCAUCAGGACUGCUGUAGGUUCAGAAAGUGCUUGCAAAGAGGCAAGUGCUCUUAAAGGAAGUCAGAGUGUAGAGGUGAAGAUUGAACCGACGGAAGCAAAGACGCCUGAUGAAAGUUCUGAAGUUUUUAUUGGAACCAAGUCAGAUCACAUAGGCCUAGAAAUUUCAGAGGCAAAAAAUGGUGAUGGUUGCCAUGAAAAAGUUGGCCGUUCUGCUGUUGGUCAAGAAGCAACAGCUGUAGGUGGCCCCCAUAAUAUACGGGAAAGUGAAGAAACUGGAACAGAUAAUUCAGUUAAAACUACAGAAGUUGCAGAUCUUCCUGGUGAUAACCUAAAUGGAGUCAACUUGAAAUGCUUAAAUGAUACAAGCAACAAGGUACACCAUGAAAAAAUCAGAGACCAUGAGGAAUCAACUGUAGAAGAACUUCAUGGUAUAAUCGACCACCCAAAGACACCAGAAGAGAAAACUGAGGAGCCGGUGAAGUCCACUAAAGGCUGUGAAGACAAUGUUUAUAAUGAUAUGGAGUUAGCUGGUUCUCAUCUCGAACCUAUGGAGGUGAAAAUUGAUGAUGGUUAUCACCUUUCUAGUUCUCCUACUAGGCCUCAGAGGAUGGAUGUUGAUGCAUGUAUUCCUUGCUCCAAAAAUGGAAAUAGCAGUAAGGAUGGUAAGCUAACCAAAGAAGUUCAUCAUCACCAGAAAAAGAGGACGAGGGAGAGUGAUGGAGAAAUCAUUGGAAGGGGUAUAAUUCACAAGGCACAAAGAGCUGCUGAGGUGAAGGCUGAUGAAGAGCGUGACUUUUCCACUAUCUCACCUAAUCAAAAUGAAAUUUCUGUGGCACAUACUGGGCAUGUUCCUUGCAAGCCUGAAUCUAUGGAUAUAGGCGAUUUAAAAACUGUUUUGGCUUCAAAAGAGGAGGCUUUGACAAAAAGUUCCCUUGAAGUUCUUCUUCAUAAACGGCAGAAACUGUGUCAUCAACAACUUAAAAUCAGAAAUGAAAUUGCUUCAUUUGAUGAAAGAAUUCAGAGAAUCUUAGAUGGUGGCAAAGGUAGUUUGGCUCUAAAACUAGAAACGGUCCUGGACUUCUGUGAUGAAACAUGCUCGAGGAUAGAGCUGCUAUCCAAGAACACGGCCAGUAACUGAAGCAUUGUGGUGGAUUUCAUGCUAGAGUGAUCUGCAUUUCACAUGAUUACAGACUAUGGAACAUCAACACCAACAUUUUCGAAUCAUAUUAUGGCUACCAUACUACUAAUUCUAUAGUACUGUACUAGUUUCAUUAUUGUCCACUUGUGGGAAUCUACUGGGUAUGUUGUUGUUGUAUUGCCCAGACGCAACUAUAUGUGCCUUUGAGUUGAAAUUUUUUGUCUAUAGUUUAUUGAUUUGUUGUCUAUUGAACACCUAUAUGUGCUGCCUCUUGAUAAGAGACUUGUGUUUCGUAAUGUUUUUAGCAAUGGAAUUCUGUUCUGGACGCGUUGGGGUGUUGAGCGAAUGAGAUAUACUCUCCUUAUAUGAUCUCGAACAAUCUUCUUUCUCAUGACUCAUGAGCUAGCUGGAGUUAAGAUAAGCAUCAUCACUGAUAUUUUAUGACAAAUUUUGAAAAAAUUUAUAACCUCUCAUAGUUUAUUCUGGUCUUCAACAACCAAAACUUCUUAAUUAUGAUUUAAAAUAUGUAACUUUCACUUCAUAUGCCUCAAAACAUCCCUACACAAAUACUUUUGUCCUCUUCCUUGCACGAGUGGACUGAGUAAAUAGUAGGAAUAAUUUUUUUUUUAGAGAAAAUGUUCUGUUUUCAUUCUGAAUUUUACGUGAAAUUGUUGAGACACACUCGAACUUUAACAGGGUCUAUUACCUUUGGACUAAUUAAAAUCAUAUUUUUUACAAUCUUAGUGUGGCACAUACACUGAAGGUUCAUGUAGACACAUGUAUGUGCCACGUAGGAGGCACUAAGGUUGCCAAAAAUAUAAUUUUAAUUAGUUAGGGGUAAUAGGAUCCUCCUAACGUUCAGAUAUGUCUCAGCAAUUUCGUGUAUAGGACGGACACGGUGCAUUUUCUCAAAAACUUGUGAACAACAAAAAUGUAGAGAAACAAGUCAGUCUCAAGGGCCCUAUAGUAAUCAAAGAAAGCCAAUGAAUGAACACCAAGUAUACAAAACUAAGAUAAGGCAAAGGAAAAGCAAUUUGUACAAUAAGUUUAUAUUGAUAAUGUAAGUAAUAUUAUUAUCUAGAAUCAAUCCACAAAAGGGGUGCCACGUGUAAUAUUGUAAAUCACAAAUUGCAAGUCAUCGCUAAUAUUAUUAUCAAAGUGAAAAAUAUUCAUCAUACAUACCAUACUUACAAUAAGUGAGAGCAAAAGAAGAAGAAAGAAGUAGUA